GCAGCCAGUCAGGGGGAGAGGCGGACAGACGGCCGGGGAACGGGACAAACAGUUUGGGAGGAGACCAGGGCGCUGCCUCUACGGGAAGCGGCGGCCAGUUGCCCGCCGCCUCUGAUCUGCGCCGCUCUAUCCGCAGCGGUCAAACGGCGGGUAAUUGCGCUCUCCGGAGCUGGAAAUUAACCCUUUGGCAGCCGAAUGUUUUUGAAAGGGGUCUACAACGUGGCAAGAACUUGAUAAAAACUUUUCUCUCUCUCACUCUCUGGUUUAAAUGCAUCCAUUUCUCUCUGUCUGAGAUUGAAUUGGGUUGAGGGACAUUGGCUCCGCUCUGCUUCGGUGUUUUUUGGUCUGUCCCUGCCGCUGGCCGGUGGGAUUAUCCGCGCUCUGAGUGAUUCUCUUGCCUGGAGGUGCGACAAGAUGACAUGGCGCGGGGCUCUCCCUGUCACCGUACUCGCAGUGCUCCUGGCUCUGAAACCUGCUGCCUGCGACCAGCCCGCCGCUGAAGUUCCCCGGCCUCGGGGCAGACUCGUUCCGGGCAAUGAGGAGCAGACGGCAGCCUCCCUGCUCCGACCGCAGAUCAUCUCUGCCCCGGUCAUAGAACAGGGGGUGGUCUUCUCGAGACCUACACGGGCGGUGAGAGAAACAGCUCCUGCGAGAUCCGAGACUGUGAUACGAGGAGGGGAGAUGCCAGAGGGAUCUGUUCCAGAACCAAGAAAGAAACGCGAGGAAGGAGACAGUCAGCCCCCAGCAGCUCACGAAGAAGUGCCAAAACUGCCAAGAACACCUAAGAAGGCCAAGAAGGGAAAAAAGCCAAAAACAAAGACACCCAAACCCAAAAAAGAGAAGAAAUCCAAAGAGAAGGCUCCAAAACCCAAGAAGGAGAAAAAACCCAAAGAGAAAAAUUCUAAACCCAAAUCUGACAAAAAAAACAAAGGAAAGUUGCCAAAAUCUGAGAAAGGGAAAAAAUCCAAGAAGCUAGUGGAAAAACUGGAAAAUACCAAGGCCCCUCCACUGGAAGAGAAGCCUCAACCAGAGGAAGAAAUCAGAGAAAUUCCAACUGAACCUGCAAAAAAAAUUGAAGAAGAUGUCACGGAGGUGGAUAUAUUUGAUUAUGACCUGUGGCCAACAGAUUCCCCCAGCAAGCCUUUCACUUCACCUCCCUUUAAAGAAUACUACACAGUGACAAAGGAGACAAUAGAGAAGGAGAGUACAGGCAAACCUAUAGAGCCCUCAGAGUUGCCAACGGAGUCAUAUGGAAGGAUUUAUGAUUAUGGAAUCGGUGAAGGUGGAUGGGGCAAGCCAGAGGCAAAACCAAAGAAGCAUUUUGACACUCUUGAAAAGGGACUGGAGUUUGAGUUGGAGAUUGAAGAGUUUGAGACAGAUGAGCACGGAGAAUUACAACCCAAGGAGACCCAACCCGAUGAGACGUACGACUACGGAGACAUAUGGGAGGAAGGAACAUUACCACCUGGCGAAACUACUCCAACUGAGACGUAUGACUAUGACUAUGGAGAUAUAUGGGAGGAAAAGCCUUGGGAUGGAGGAACAUUGUCUCCUACAGAAUACGGACCUGACGAAAUCUACGACUAUGGAGAUCCAUGGGAGGAAGAGCCUCGGAAAGAAUCAAAGCCGAGAGAACCAAAGAUUCCAGAAGAAACGGAUUCGGAUGAAUAUUUGCCACCGCUUGGUAAAAAAUGUCCUCCUCUGGGUCUUGAGUCCCACAAAGUAGCUGAUGACCAAUUAUUAUCAUCAUCUGUCCUUCGACAUGGACUUGGUCCUCAACGUGUUCGACUUAAUAUGCAGGCAGGUACUGAAAAUGAGGAGGAUGACGACUUUUACGACGGGGCCUGGUGUGCUCAAGAAGAAGACCAAGCACAAUGGAUUGAAGUUGAUGCCCGAAAGCUGGUUGAAUUCAGUGGAGUUAUCACACAGGGCCGUGAUUCACUGCUCCACAAUGACUGGGUGAACACAUACUACGUACAGUUCAGCAACGACAGUCGUACAUGGACGACAUACACAGAUGGGUAUUACGAUUGGCUUUUUUUCGGAAACGUGGACACAGAUACGCCAGUUCUGAGUGAAUUCCCGGAAACUGUUGUUGCCCGAUACAUCCGAAUCAAUCCGCAGAGCUGGAAUGGGAGCCUGUGCAUGAGAAUGGAGGUGCUUGCCUGUCCGCUGUCAGACCCCAAACAUUAUGCGUCAAAUGAGGUGACAGGAGACGGAUUUGACUUCAAGCAUCACAAUUACAAGGACAUGCGUCAGCUGAUGAAGGUUGUGAAUGAGCAGUGCCCAAACAUCACCCGGAUUUAUAACAUUGGAAAAAGUUCCCAAGGAUUGAAGCUGUAUGCCAUGGAGUUGUCUGAUAACCCAGGAGAGCACGAACCUGGGGAGCCCGAAUUCCAUUACACUGCUGGAAUGCAUGGGAACGAGGUCUUAGGGCGGGAGUUACUGCUGCUUCUAAUGCAAUUCCUGUGUAAGGAAUACAACUACGGAAACCCCCGGAUCACACGAUUAAUCGAUAGCACAAGGAUACACCUUGUACCCUCUCUCAAUCCAGAUGGUUACGAACUGGCUUAUGAAAUAGGAUCAGAACUGAGCAGCUGGGCACUGGGAUAUUGGACAGAAGAAGGAUUUGACAUCAGUGACAACUUUCCAGAACUGACUUCAACGUGGCAUGCAAGGAACCAAAGAGGUCAUCGACAAGUAGCCAAUCACCACCUUCCUAUACCGGAAGAAUACCAAUCAGAAGAAGGAGCGGUUGCUGUAGAAACACGUGCUAUUAUAGCAUGGUUAGAAAAAAUCCCUUUUGUACUUGGAGCCAACAUCCUCGGAGGCGAGCAGGUGGUGACAUUUCCAUUCAACAUGGCAAUACCCGAAGAGGAAAGAGAAGAGAUGUUGCGAAGAGAAGAGAUGUUGCGAAGAUCACAGAUGUUAGACUAUGAUGAGGAAAGUGAAAAUCUCAAAUACAUGGAUACACCUGAUGACCUAGUAUUCCAUUGGCUGGCUACAUCUUAUGCUUCUGCAAGUCUUGGGAUGGUUGAAACAUAUCAGGGCAAAUGCCACACCGAUGACUUUACUAAAGGUUUUGGAAUCAUCAAUGGUGGGGCAUGGCAUCCAUCUGUAGGCACUAUGAAUGAUUUCUGCUAUCUGCACACCAACUGCUUCCAACUCUCCAUUUAUGUUGGCUGUGAUAAAUUCCCUCAUGAGUCUGAGCUGUCAAAGGAAUGGGAGAACAACCAGGAGGCACUGCUCCACUUUAUGGAACAGAUACAUCGUGGGAUAAAAGGCCUGGUACGGGAUUUGGAUGGAAAUGGGAUUGCUAAUGCCACAAUAUCAGUAGAAGGAGUAGGUCAUGAUGUGAUGACAGCAACUGAUGGGGACUAUUGGCGAAUACUGAACCCUGGUGAUUAUCGAGUGACUGUGAAAGCAGUGGGUUAUGCAACCAGCACGCGGGUGUGUCAUGUGGGAUAUGAGAACCAGGCAACACAGUGCAACUUCAAUUUGCGCAAAUCCAACUGGCACAGAAUUCAGGAAAUCAUGGAACAAUAUGGACGCGAGCCUAUCAAUGUGAUCCUGUCGCGAGGAAGGAGAGUAAAGAAGAUACGCAAAAUUCGAGUGCGUGCAGGAUCUCGGAUGGGUCACCGAAACCAGACCCGGACUUCACAGUAGAGGAUUUGCUCAAUUGUACAUUUAGAUUUAAUUAGGAAAUAAAGGGCUUUUUGUUUAGAAGCAGUGAUGUCACUGAUGGACUAUUAUAAUACAUCUGUAAAAAUCAUUACUGUUAAGUCUUGUCAAAAGUAUAAAUUCCUAUAAUUGAUCAAUGUGUGCGUGGAUCAAGUUUCAAACAGAUUUAAUUUUGUGAGGGGACUAAACUCUUAAAACUGACUUCAAUCAUUAGCAUUAUCAAUAGUCCUGUAAUACUUUAAAAAUGUAAUUUUGCCUAGCUUCAUCAGCAGAAAAGAACAGUCUCAAUCUAAUUUAACAUGGGCGCAUCAAGAUGAAGAAGUUAAACAUCUCCAAAUCCUGUGGAAUUAUUGUAAACAGAACCAAACAUGCAUAUCCAACUCAGUACAGUAAAACUAACCUACAGUAACUUCUACACGAAGUAAGGCCAACAUACAUAUUCCAAGUUUUAACAUUCAGAUACCCUGUUCUAUCCAAGUGCUCAAAAUCCCUUCUUGGCAUAAAUCUACGACAAUUUUAGAAAUCUGUACUAAAUUUCCUUGAAGAAGGGUCAUUGUAAGAGCAGAACCAAAUCAAUCCAGGGGAAGCUAGAAUUUUAAAAUUUGUAGUCCAAGAGAUUGGUACAGAUUUCAGCUCGAUAAGUGGUAAGAUUAAACAUUUAAUAAUUGUAGCGCCACAACUGAUUUCUACCAAUUAUAUGAGAUGUGGAAGUAACUGGUCAGAUUAUAUUCUAUUCACUAUGAAAGCCAAAGAAUAGCAAAUGCUGGAAAUUUAAUUUGAAAAGCAAUCCAAGAAAUGCUCUGCAGGUCAUGAAGCAUUUAUGAACAUAAAAUCAGGGGUAACAUGUCAGGCCAAUGACUUGAAAACAUACUUGGUUCUUACUUGUAUCUGUAAAAUCCAUGCCAGGACUCGAGUGAUGACCACAGGGCAGAUAAUUUUUGAUGUGCCAGGCAGUGAAAUAAACCAAGUUAUCAUGCGGAAUUUUCACAUUUUCCACCUUAACUAUUGUUGGGCUCGAGGAGGCAAACUCUCAUAUUUACAACUGAUAUUUACUAAAGUGUAGCAAGAUUGCUGAUGCAGUUUUGAUUAAAUGGAAAACAUAAAUAUCAAAGUUUUAGCCCUUACCAUCAAAAUAGACUUUGAUGAAUGAAGAAUUAUAAUUAUUCCCAAUAAAGAGCUUUUAAAGAUAUAUGGGCAACUAUAAUUUUAAUCCAAGUUUCAGAAGGAACUACAGUCUAUGUUUGAAGAUAGGAUUUGGAAUGUAAAUAGCUGCCCAUAUUUACUGGAAUGUAAAUAUCUUGGAAUUACAUAACUGAUUAUAGCUUGGCAUUGCAGUUUCAAUAUUGGUUAUUGAAAAGGUACUUAGGAAAUGUGUUUGUUCAUUUGAUGCUGUGAGUGAUGUGCACUUCCAUUCAGCUCAUUGGAAAUUUUAGUUAAUUACAAGUUUCUGAAGCAGAGAUCUACAUUUAAUAUCAGUUAUAAUUGUUUUCUCAUGCAAAUACAGUAGAAAGUUAUUUCAUAUAGAUAGGAAAUGCAGUAUUAAAAGAGUUGCCAUAGUUUUCCUAUAGCUUAUGUUUCAAAAUAUAUCCAUUAUUUUAACAGAAUAAAAAAAAAGCACAUAAUGAACUAUUACUUUUAAUUGGUUUAAUUUUGAAAGCUUCAGUAAUAUUUCAAACGUCUAAAUCAAUAUCCCAAAACAAGAAACUAGCAGGACAAAAUAUGACGCACCAUCUAUCGUUUGGAUCUAAAAAGCUAGAUUAAGCUUUCAAAUUUACCAUAAGUUGCACUCAUCUAUUACCCUUACAUACCGACCUACACAGGUUGCUUUGCCUCCAGAUGCUGAGGAUCUAUACUUCAGAAUUCCCUUAAUAUAUUUCAUUAUUUCAUUGCUUUGAGGCAAGCCAGAAUGUAAACUCUAUCUAGCUUUUAGUCACCCAUCCCAAUUAUCAACUUGUGUAGGUGAAAAUGACUUGUCUUUUAGACAAUGUCUUUAUAGCUUUUUCAACUAACACACAAAUGUAAAUUUUCACCAAAAGCAAGGAUUCAAAUUCAACUCUAAAUAAUGGGAAAUUAAUGAUCUCCUCACUGGAUGGGCUGGAAGAACAAUAUAUGAAAGUAGCCAAUCUCAGCCAAAUUCCAGAUAAAUGCAAGUUUUUUUGCACGCACUGGCCAAAAUGUGAUGCCAGUUAUGCAACAGAAAUGCAGAUAGCUUGCUAAUGCCCCACUGAAAGUAAAGAUAAUUAUCUGCCAGUAACCUGAGAAAUUUGUUGGCA